AUGAAUGCAGCUGAAACUCAAUGUAAACUGUUUUUAAAAACAUAUGGUUCGCAUAUCAUUAUUGGAUUGGUUCACUUCGGAAAAAUAGAAGUUCACUCACAGGAAGAAUAUCAUGAUGUAAUUUCUACAGAUGAUCUUCUUGGAGGUGACGACUGUAGUAUGGACUGGGUUAUUACUCACAGGGAUAUUUUUAAGAAUGGAGCCUUGGCUGGAAUCUGGAACUUAAUUUUGCAAGAUAAAUCUUCCUUCCAAAACAAAUCAAGUUUGGCGGAGUUUGUACGAAAAGAGUACAAAAAAGAUAGCACGUUCAUUGACUUUAAAGAAAGUGAAAGAAAAAUUUUUGAUUCCACUAUUCAGAAACUGCACAAAUAUUUAAAAUCAGAACAAAGCAUUGAAAGAAUUAUUGCUGUGCUAAAGCAUAUUAAUCAUGACGUAGCUCAAUUGGAAAACAAGUCUGUUUUUCAUGACAUGCUCAAAGAAAACUCAGAUAUGUCCUCCAUGUUAAGGUCAGCUAUUGAAUACAACUCAAACAAAGAAGAAGAAAUUGAAGUUCGUCGAAAUUUAAAACGACUGCUAUCAAAAUCGGAUGUAGAUUUCAAAAACCGGGAAAGUAUUGAAAAGUGGAUCAAUGAAGACAUGCCUACUGAGGAAGAUAAAUACCCAGAUAUAUUUGUGAAAGACCUGAAACAAUUUUUUUCUCUUAUAGAAGAAGAGGAAUUUCUCAUAACUGCCGCUAAGCGGUCCGACUUAAGUAUCUCUUUAAACGUUUACAUCACGAUAAUCUUUACAAGAACAGUAAAAAGAUUUCUUUUAUGUCUGAAGUCGAAACAAUGUCAAGCGGAGUACGUUUUUCUGAUUGCAGCACUUUCUCUUUUCGGCUUCAAUUUUCGACAGUGUAUAUUUGAAGAACAAAUGGGUCAGGAAAAAUUAGUUGCUCUUUCUCGUCAUUCUAAAAAAAGUCUUGAUAUAUUUGAAAAGUACGGAAGUUAUUCUAUCAUAAAACAACAUGCCUGGGUUGUUCAAUAUCUUAUUCAAAACAUAACACAGUGGGUACCCGAAACAUCAGACCUUACAGAGCUCCCAGAAGAAAUAGCGAAAAAUACCAUACGAUUAGAUCCUCAGGUAAAAGCAUUGCUUAAAGACAAGAAAAAUUUAAAAGAAGCUAUGAUAUCGCUGUCCAAACUUUUACAAGAAGACAAAAAUAAAAACAUAUGUUGGGAGCAUUUGAAAAAUGAGCUAGAAAAUGAUACAAUAGACUCUAUCAUGACACAAAAUGUCAAUGAUCGUUGUCAUUUGUCAGAAAUGUCUGAGAAAUUGCAAUACAUAGUUCAAGAGCUAGACCUGAGGAAAUACUUUCCAGGAAAAUUGUCUGUCCAGGAAGCAUUGGAAAUAUCUGAGAAGAGGUUUGACGGUGCAAAUACUACAAAAGACAUCCCAUGGGUUAUCAUGCAUUCCAUUAUUUCAUGUAAUACAGGAUUUAUAGAGAAGAGUUACAGUUCACCUAUUCCAAAAUGGCAAGAAGUAGAGGAAGCGAAAAUGGAAGAAGAUUUGUCCGUCCAUCCAAUGGACACAUUUUACACUGUGUGGUUAUGCUGUGAUCCAUUCCUCAAGAGUCUGUUGAGUAGAAAACUUGCUUUGCUAAAAAUAGCAAUUCCCCUUAUUUACUUUGACUGUUAUCAAGAUUUAGUAUGUUAUCUGUGGGGGAUGAGAAACGUCUUCAUAGACGAUACUUCGGGAUCAGUUGCAACAACUUGUAUGAAAACGAUCGCAUUUGCCAGAAUAGGAAAUUCUGACUUUCGAUCAAAGUCAGAGACAAUAAACAAACUAUUGCAAGAGGAUCACUCAACAAGUUUUCCCUUUUUUCACAGAAAUUGUAGCUUUGGAGAAUUCGAGCGCAAUCUUUAUAAUGGUACUAUUGAAAUUUCAUGGAAUUUUAAUCAAACCUCAACAACAGGAGGUAUGUGCAAAAUCGUCAAAGAAAUGACAGUGUUAAAUCUAAGAGGGGAUGCAGCAGUCUAUCGCGAUCAGUUUGAAAUAUUAAUAAAUAUAUCCAAUAUUUUGAUACUCUUCGUUGAAUUCCCAGAAUUAGAGAAAAUCUCUUACCUACUUUGUCUUCUUAAACAAAUACUUCGAAAUGUUAUUAUUGUGACAAAUAUGCCAAAAAGUAAAACAAAUGAGAAUAUAACAUCAAAUUGUUUUCUUGAAGGUCUAAAUGUCAUUUCUACAAAUGAUUCCCUAGGCCGUUUAAAGAACGAUAGAAAAAUAAAGGAAGAAUUAUGCAAAACAAUUAACAAAUUGCUUAACAAUGAUGAGGAGAAGGUGCAGUUAGAAAAUGCAAUAAAACUAUUAUGUAAGGAAGGAUUUCUUAGAUGCAAUGAUUGGAACAGUAAACCGCCACGUAUUCAAAGAUUUUUCUCAUACUUGAAAACUGUUCUUCGGGAUUUUAAAAGUAAAGAUGCCAUGCUGCCUCUUCAAGGCAAAGAUUUACUGACCAGAUGGAGUGCAAUUCACUGGAAGCUAAAACAAACUAGCCCGUCAGAAUCAUAUGCAAUAGAGACAAAAAUGGAAGAUACGCUGUCUGAAAUAAGAAUUCAACAGGCUGAAAAAUGCAUUUCAAAUAUGGAACUAGUUGCAGAUUUUAUUGCCAUAAUAUUGUCACAAAGAGGCUGUGCACAAGCAGUGCAGUUUUUUCUCUCAGACAUUGAGAAUUUAUUGGAAGAAAAAUCAAGAAAAAUACUUCCUCAGAUGACACAUGAGCUAGUAGAAACGUAUCGUCGUGAGUCAGGAAGAGACCAAGUAAAGACUAUCCAAGAAAAUCUGGAGUCUGCAAACUUUGGAUUAGUUCAUUUAUUUCGAGAACUUGGGCAAAUAUUUGAAAGUUUUAGUUACUGCAAGGACAUGUGUGAUUAUCAUAUUGAAAGAACGACAUGGUUUGCUGUACAAUUACUACCUCGUAUUGUUGCCCACAUACUUAUUCUAGGUCGAUCAUUUGAGAUAAUGAAUGGGGAAGCAAUUGAUAUUUCAUUAAAAUGGGUAAAAGCUAUAUUUACUGAGAUGGCAAAAAUCAAAGGUAACAAGAGAGUAUAUUCAAUAUCUGUUUUGGGUAUUCAAAGUUCUGGAAAGUCAACGUUGUUGAAUGCUAUGUUUGGCCUUGAUUUUCCUGCAAGUUCUGGGAGGUGUACUCGAGGUAUUAAUCUACAUUUGCUGCCUGUCACUAACCCGCACUUGAACUUUGAAUAUGCAUUCAUUUUUGACACGGAAGGACUUCGUUCUUCUAGUAAACAUACAGGCAGAACAAGUCAUGACAACAAGCUUGCUACGCUUGCAAUUGGAAUUGCUGAUACAGUUAUUCUUAAUAUUAAAGGCGAGAAUGUUACUUGUAUGGAAGAUACACUACAAAUUGUUAUACAUGCAUUAAUGCGGUUAAAACAGGCCAAUAAUGAUAUAGAACUUCGCCAAUCGUGCAUUUUUGUACAUCAAAAUGUCUAUUUAUUAGGCAAUGGAGCCAAAUUGGAGUCUGAAAUUGAAGAGACCCUAAACAAAUUGAAUGCAAUUACAAGUAACAUUGCUGAACAUGAACAUAUGGAGUAUAUAUCUUCAUUUAACGACGUUAUAUCCUUUGACUCUAGACAUGAUGUCAUUUAUUUACCCAAUUUGUGGCAUGGAACUCCACCAAUGGCUCCUGUAAGCAAAUCCUAUAGUAACGAAGUACAGCGGAUUGGAAAGCACGUCAUUGAACAAUGUUCCAGAAAAUUUGAAUCAUUUUAUAACAUUUCAAAUACCUUUUGUCGAAUUGAAAGUAUAUGGAAAGGCAUUCUUAAUGAGGAUUUUGUUUUUAGUUUUCAGAAUAUCAUGCAUAUGAAAGCGUAUAAUCUUUUGCAAGAGGAAACAAGUCGUCAAAGUUAUGCAUUAGAAAAGUUUUCAAACGAAUUUUGGAGAAAAACAGUGAAAACUGCUUUAUAUUGUGCUCCACGUCAAGACAUAGAAAUAACUGAAUCGAGGCUUUUUUCUCAGUUCUGUACUGAUUUGGACGAACUAACAACAUCAAAAACAACAUUCCUGGAACAAUAUAUACAUUCUUCUGAUUUAAAGUCUGAAAUGAUACAGUGGAAAGAAACUAAAAUCAGGGCAAUAGGAGAAACAUCAAACAUCUUAAAAACAGUGUUCAAGCGCAAACUAAGUCGUCAGGUUUUUCACUAUAAGGUAGAAUGGAAAUACAAUGACAAAGAUAUGGAGAAAAAACUUCUUGAAAAAGUUGCCAAACAUGCAAAAAGUAUCCAAGAUAGAAACUUUUCUGAAGAUGAGAAAGAGACAUUUUUUUCUGAAAUGUGGGAAUUAUUAUUAAAUGAACACGUCUGCGAUGUGCCACUUGAAACAUACAAAGCAAACAAAAAGCAGCUUCGAGAUGGAAUAUUGAUUGUUCUUUAUGGUGCAUUUAACAAACACAAACACCUUCUAAAAGAGGCACUUAAAAUCGAACCUAUAGAUUGCUGCCAAGAGCAAAACGAUAUGAACCUGGCAUUGUCUGAAGAGGAUAUCCUUGAUGAACAUAUUAAUUUGAAAUCAAAGCUGAAAAUGAUAAGGAUCUUAAACCACAAAACUCUGCGGAAAUGCAAACUGAUGACUUUGAAAGUAACAAGGGAGAUUUUCAAAGAAAUUGACACCUAUUUUAACCAAGCUGAAGAAGACUGGGAAUACGACGAAAAAGAUUUCAAGAAUGACAUUUUAUCAAAAUUAUUAGAGAAAAUAACCACACAAAACAAAGACAAAACGUUUUCUCUAACACCAGAGUAUCAGAUAAAAUUUGCCAUAAAAGCUGCACAAAUCUCUUUCAGGGAAUUUUCUAUCCUUAAUAGACGUUAUGAAGAUAAACACAGUCCUCGAGCAUUUACCAUUUCGAAAAUGUCGCAAGCAAAACAGGUGUUUGAAAAUAUCCUUUUAAGAGAAGAAGAAACAGUUAUUGUCUCUAACUAUAUAUGCAAUGAACUAAAAUUGCAAAUUAGAAAAAACGUAGAGCAUUCAGUAGCAGAAUUAUUUAAGGGGAGAUUGUUAGAACAUUUUUCCUUUUUAAAACGCAAGUUGAUAAAUGCAAUAUUAGAGGAUUUAGCUUUAGCUGAAAAGUUCAAUACUUUUGUGUCCUAUAUAAAAGACCCUGAGGGCUUUGCUAAGCAGUGGAUGAAGGAAAAAGCUGUUAAUAUGUUAAGCCAAGAGGGCGAUGAUUCUUGUGAGACUUACAUUAGACGUCUCAAUAUUGAUGCUUUAUCGAAAGAAAUUUCAUUUAUCAUGGAGGUUGCAACUCAUGUCAAUAAAGAUGUUCCAAAUAAUACAAUUCGUUGCUGGAUACAGACUUUCAAAGACAAUCUUUUCGGCUACAAACUCGAUACGGGAUGCACAGCAUUAUUAUCCAACGACUCCUUGGAUGAUGUGAAGUCCUUUUAUACAAAGCUUGCAAAAAAGAUCAUGGAUGUUGAGCUUGAAUUGCAAAACGAAUUUACAAAUCAAUCUGAUGGUUCAUUAACUACUGGAGGCAAAGAUCCCUUUCUAACAGUAUUUAAUACUCUCUGGGGUUGCAAUGAGCACUGUCCUCUUUGUUUUGAGCCUUGUGAGAACACAACAAAAGAUCACGUUAAAGCUGAUAAAAUUCCCCAUUCCUGUGUUCAACAUAGACCAUUUGGAAUAAAAGGUUUCUAUUUCGUACAAACCAAAAAAUUAGCAAUUGAAAAUUGUAACCGUUUAGUCAGUCGAAAUGGUUUGGUGAAAUGUGGACAAUGGUGUCAGUGUGUAGAAGACAAAUGUGAAAUAUAUCAUCCUUUAAAAGAUUAUCAAAACUGGAUUCCCGAGUGGACCAUUCCACCUAAAGAUACUUCUGCAUCUAAGUACUGGUGCUGGUUUACUGCCAAAUUUUGUCUACAGUUGAUGCAACAUUACAAAACUGAAAGUCCGGAAAUUCCAGACGGAUGGAAAAGAAUUUCUCAACAUGAUGCAAUACAAAGUUUACUGACCCCAGAAUGUGAUAACAGCGACACUCAAAAAAAGCCUGUUCUUUCGUGGUUUGAUAGAAUAAAAGCUUUUUUUCAUUAA